ACCAACCCGACACCUCUCCCUCUGUUUCUUCUUCUUCUUCCAUCCUCCUCCUCCACACGCUCGAUCCCUCCCUUCCUAACAUCAGCAGCAGCAGCAGUCACACACUCGUCGAUGGUAUCCCUCCUUCCCUACCCAAACCCCUCAUGAAUGGGAAUGUAUGAAUGAAGACCGGAGAAUGGCGGACCGAGAGAAAAGGAAGCCCUCUCCCUCUGUACCCUCACCAUUUCUUGGAGUGCACGUAGCGUCGCCUCCUAAUUUCAGGCUCACCCAUGAUAUCAGCCUGGAGGAAUUUGAGGAUGAAGACCUUUCUGAGAUCACAGAGAUCACAGAUGAGUGUGGGAUGAGCCUGCAUUGUAAAGACAGCCUGGCUUCCAAGCAGAGUCACAUGAGUCUGGAGGCCAAUAAUGUGUCAGCAGGGUUUGGUGGUGAGCUGAGCCGGAUCCAGGCAGAGAUGUUGCAGCUAGACCUGAUUGAUGCUGUAGACGAGAUCCCUGAGGAGGAGGAAGCAACGACAGAUCCAGUGAAAGAGCCUCCCCCUGUUACUAUGGAUACGUACCGGCCUAAACGACCCACCACCCUAAACCUCUUUCCACAAGUGCCCCGCACACAGGAUACACUGAACAACAACGCCUUGGGAAAGAAGUACAGCUGGCAAGACAAAGUCUCGCGAUCGUCCUCUCCUUCUAUUACUGGAGAGGCACCAUCCCCCCAUGACCACGUUUGUCUAAGCGAUGAGGUGAUACAUCAGAACAACACAACUUCUACCAAAGACAGGGGCACCUCUACUGAUAGCCCCUGCCGGCGCAACACUGCCACACAAAUCACCAACGCAGCUGAGACAUCUGCCAAGCAAACUGAAAAUUUGGACACUUCAACCAAUGGCUCUCAGUUGCAGCACCAGGGCCCCAAAGGGUUGGAGUCUCACAGGGACCGUAUCCACUACCAGAGUGAUGUGCGCUUGGAAGCAACAGAGGAGAUAUUCCUAACGCCUGUACAAAAAAACUCAGACUCUCUGGAGCACGAUAGGCCCUUCCUUUCACAAUCUAGUGAAAACAGAAUGUCUAUUAGUUCUGACAUUGACACAGCACAUUACCUCUCUUUGCCAAAUAAACCAAAUCCUUCUAUUAGUGAGGAAGAUGAGGUGAUUGAUUGUGUACCUUCCACUGACAAAUUGAGCUUGCCUAGGACCCGCUAUGGAAGUGAUAACAGUUACCUGUCUGCCUCUGCCCUUCAGCGGGCAUCUGUGAGCUCUGAUACCAGUGGACUUUCCUAUGACUCGGUCAAGUACACACUUGUGGUAGAUGAAAACAUGCAGCUGGAACUUGUAAGCCUGAAGGACUGCUACUCCAGGUAUAGUGAUGACAGUGAUUCUGCCACUGUCUAUGAUAACUGUGUCUCUUCACCCUACGAGUCAGCAAUUGGCGAGGAAUAUGAGGAAGGGGCACCUAAAAGAGAAUCUGUCUGUGUAUCUGAAGACUCAUCCCCCGAAGCUGAUAUCCCCCUCUCUAAGAAGUUCCUUAAUGUAUUUAUGAAUGGCAGGUCACGGUCUUCCAGUGCCGAGUCCUUUGGCCUGUUUUCCUGUAUGAUCAAUGGAGAGGAGCGAGAGCAGACACACAGGGCUGUGUUUAGGUUCAUCCCCCGUCAUGAUGAUGAGUUAGAGCUGGAAGUGGACGAUCCCUUGCUGGUCGACGUUCAGGCUGAAGACUACUGGUAUGAAGCAUACAACAUGCGGACCGGAGAUCGAGGCAUCUUCCCUGCAUACUAUGCCAUUGAGGUCACCAAGGAAUCAGAACAAUUGUCAGAAGCAGUAAAGAAGAGUAGCUGUGUGGAAAAAUUCUGGGUGAAGUUUCUUGGAUCUGUCCAGGUGCCCUACCAUAAAGGCAAUGAUGUGCUCUGUGCUGCUAUGCAAAAGAUUGCUACAACUCGACGUCUAACAGUACAGUUUCAUCCCCCAUCCAGCUGUGUUCUAGAAAUUAGCGUGCAAGGUAUAAAGAUUGCUGUGAAAGCACAUGGAAGAAGAGACUAUGAAACCGACAAUACAUGCAGUCACUUUUUCCAGUUAAAGAAUGUCUCCUUUUGUGGAUAUCAUCCAAGAAACAACAAAUAUUUUGGGUUUAUCACAAAACAUCCUGCUGACCACCGAUUUGCUUGUCACGUUUUUGUUUCUGAAGAGUCAACCAAACCAGUAGCAGAAGCAGUAGGGAGAGCCUUCCACCAGUUUUAUCAACAACAUGUGGAAUAUGCAUGCCCGACAGAAGACAUCUACCUGGAAUAACGCAAGAGUCAAAAAGUAUAAGACUGACACACUUUGCCCUGUACAUAAUACAAACUAUCUUGUGUAUCCCUUACUGCAUGAUCUUUCUGCUUCAACUAGAGACUCACAGAUGAAAUGUUGAGCAGACCACCUGAACACUGUAUAUGCAUUUUCUUAGGCCAAGGUAAUUCCUGUCCAGAUGUUCCCACAUUUACCAUAAUGGAUGGAAUAAAAAGAUAAUGCAGAGGGGGGAUAUUUUGUUUUCUAACUACUUGCAAUCAGGUUUCUUGAGUGUUCAAUUGUAGAUUUUAAUUACGGGGCUCCCACUUACUUUAACACAACACACAGAACUCUACCAGGCAUCUAAAAAGACAUGGUUCGAACUGACCCACAGCAGACUCCAUGGACGUAUACAUCUUGUUCUGGUCAGCAAAUAUUGCACCACUGAAUCUUGGACCUUGAGAAUGGACCAUGUUUCUGUGUUGUGUACAGUCCAGACUGAGUUACAAUGACAUAAUUACAUUGCCGAAUCCAUCAUGCAGUAGUUCAUAAACUACAGUAACUCAGGGAGUCUCUGUAGCUACAGGGGGAAAAGGAGCUGAUAUAUUUUUAUUUCUUGUGGGAUUAAAACUUGAAUGUGUGCAGCAAAUUAAUUUUAUGUUUAUUAAAGCAGUCUUUGUUUCCAGGCA